CGCUCGAGCUCUGGUCUAUGGCACCCUUUGAUUUGGACGCUUGCAUCGAGCAACUACUCAGGAAACAACUGCUACACGAGGCAUUACUACGAGAGAUAUGCGAGAAAGCCAAGGAGGUGCUCAUGCGCGAGUCCAACGUGGUCCAUGUUAGUGCUCCAGUGACAGUGGUCGGCGACAUCCAUGGCCAGUUCUACGAUCUCGUAGAAAUAUUUCGCAUAGGGGGAUACGCGCCGAACACGAAUUACCUCUUCUUGGGUGACUAUGUCGAUCGCGGGCUCUUCAGCGUCGAGACAAUAUCACUCUUGACAUGUCUGAAACUCCGUUAUCCUGAUCGCGUGCAACUUAUACGAGGAAAUCAUGAAUCACGCGCUGUUACGCAAUCAUAUGGCUUCUAUACUGAAUGCUUCAGGAAGUAUGGCUCAUCGCAUGUAUGGACAUACUUCACGGACAUGUUUGACUUCUUGACCUUGUCUGUCGUAAUUGACGAUAAGAUAUUCUGUGUACACGGUGGGUUGUCGCCGUCGAUACAUUCCAUAGACCAGAUCAAAGUCGUAGAUAGAUUCCGAGAGAUUCCCCACGAAGGGCCGAUGGCGGAUCUCGUGUGGUCUGACCCAGACGCUGAAAAAGAAGAUUUCGCAAUAUCCCCGAGAGGAGCUGGGUAUACCUUCGGCUCGGGAGUCGUUUACAAAUUCCUCGAAACAAAUAAGAUGACGCACAUUCUUCGCGCACAUCAGCUAUGCAUGGAGGGCUAUGCAUCGUUAUUUGACAAGCACCUAUCCACCGUGUGGUCCGCUCCGAACUAUUGCUAUCGGUGUGGGAACUCGGCAAGCAUACUGGAAGUUGGGCCCGGCGAAUCGAUGUUCUUCAACGUCUUCCAGGCAGCUCCAGAAAACGAGAGAGAUGGGCCGAGUCAACAAGCCGCGCAGAAUGCGGGCGGCAAGUUACCCGAGUACUUCCUGUAAAUUAUCUAUAAUGAUAGAUACCCUGCCAUCUUCGAGGAAAGCUGUAUCAACGUCGUUUUCGCAUAAUCGUAACAGUCCUGCUUGUACUUCAGAGAGAACAUGUAAUCUAUCGUUGGGCCAUCCAGAUCC